GGACUCUAAAGAGCUGACAGAAGUCACCAAAAGAUCUGAAGAAAUCCACUUGCCCAGACAAUCACCAUCCAUCACUGGAGCUGAAGAAUAAAUUGAAGAUAUUGUGGUGCUCUUCGGUGGCCCGACACCCAUGAGAAAGGAGACCCAUCAACUCUAAUCUUCGCAGGAUUUAAUAACUAAACCAUUUAAACCUCCACCAAAAUGAAGGCAUUCAGCAUUGCAGUUGCAGUGACACUCGUGCUCGCCUUUAUUUGCAUUCUGGAGAGCUCUGCCGUCCCAUUCACCGGGGUGCAAGAGCUGGAGGAGGCAGCGAGCAAUGACACUCCAGUUGCGGCAUAUCAAGAAAUGUCAAUGGAAUCGAGGAUGAUGCCAGAUCACGUCAGGCAGAAGCGCCAGAGCCACCUCUCCUUGUGCCGCUGGUGCUGCAACUGCUGCAGAGGCAACAAGGGCUGCGGCUACUGCUGCAGGUUCUGAAGAUUCCCGCAACAACAACAACCAAAAAAAUAUUAAUUUAUUACUCUUUUUUUUAUUACUCUUUUCUUGACCUCUUUCUCCAAUGCAGUCUUUGUUCUACACCGUUUUGUUUUUAUGAUUCAUAGAGGAGCACUGGGAAAAAAAAUGAAGCCGUUCCUUAUAUUUAUUUUGUAUGUUUUAAUACUUUCACCCUGUAAAUCCUUUUUGUAAGCUCAAUGAUAUGUAAAUUAGUUUCUAAAAAUAAUCCAGAUGUGACCGUUUCUUCAUCUAAAUUGAGUCUAACAAGUUAAUAUUUGGUGCUGAAUAAAUAAUGAACAUUUGAAGCAACUGCAAAA